UUGAAGUUGAAGAGCACCUCUUUUUAGUAAUGGCCGCGUCUGGGGAACCCGGGAGGCACUGGCAGGAGGAGGUGGCGGCAGUGGUAGUGGUGGGCUCCUGCAUGACCGACCUGGUCAGUCUUACUUCCCGUUUGCCAAAAACUGGAGAAACCAUCCAUGGACAUAAGUUUUUUAUUGGCUUUGGAGGGAAAGGUGCCAACCAGUGUGUCCAAGCUGCUAGGCUUGGAGCAAAGACAUGCAUGGUGUGCAAGGUUGGCAAAGAUUCUUUUGGCAAUGAUUAUAUAGAAAACUUAAAACAGAAUGGUAUUUCUACAGAAUUUACAUAUCAGACUAAAGAUGCUGCAACAGGAGCGGCUUCUAUAAUUGUCGAUAAUGAAGGCCAGAAUAUCAUCGUUAUAGUGGCUGGAGCAAAUUUACUUUUGAAUACUGAAGACCUGAGAGAAGCAGCCAAUGCCAUUAGCAGAGCCAAAGUCAUGAUCUGCCAGCUAGAAGUAACUCCAGCAACUUCUUUGGAAGCCCUGACAAUAGCCCACAGCAAUGGAGUGAAAACAUUGUUCAAUCCAGCUCCUGCCAUUGCUGACCUGGACCCCCAGUUCUACACACUCUCCGAUGUGUUCUGCUGCAAUGAAAGUGAGGCUGAGAUUCUAACUGGCCUCAAGGUUGGCAGCCCUGCGGAUGCUGGGAAGGCUGCACUGAUGCUCAUGGAAAGGGGCUGUCAGGUCGUAAUCAUCACCUUAGGUGCCGAAGGAUGCGUGAUGCUGUCACAGACACAACCUGUCCCAAAGCACAUUCCCACAGAGAAAGUCAAGGCUGUGGAUACCACGAUCAGCACUGAGCUAACAUCUGAUGCCAAUCCUCCUCUUUUUGCUGAGGAAGAUUGGCCCUGAGCCAACAUCCGUGCCCAUCUUCCUCUACUUUACCUGGGACGCCGCCACAGCAUGGCUCUACAAGCAGUGCAACGGUGCGCACCCAGGAUCUGAACCAGCGAACCCCAGACCACCGCAGCAGAGCGCACGUACUUAACCGCUUGUGCCACAGGGCCAGCCCCUGCUCUUUCUUUUAAUCACAGAGUAUUUUAAAAGCAGGCUAUCUCAGCCUAAUAAUUGAAAUAACUAUUAAAUAAUGAAUUAAGUAAUAAAUUA